CACAGUUACCCUUGCCUCCUCCCUCCUUCCUUGCUCAUUAUAUGCUCCUUCUGCUCCUGCCGCCAGCUCAAACCAGACCAAAUAGCUAGCUAGAUUUAUCAGCUGGUAUAGAGAGAGCGAGAAAGAGAGCCAGCAGAGCAAAGGAUCGAAGCUUUGUUGUUGUAAUAGUAAAAAAUGGGAGGAGUUGCGUGGACGGAAGAAGAAGAUCAACUGCUGAGGAAAUGCAUUGAGCAAUACGGAGAAGGCAAAUGGCACCGUGUCCCCUUGCUCGCUGGUACGUAAUCUGCUCAUCAUCUCUCUCUCGCUCUUGCUCUCGCGCUCUUCUUACAACCUAAACCUACUCUGAAUUUAGUUUUUUUUUUAUUUGUGUUAGUUAUUGGUUAGUGUUUACCGUAUUUUCUUUAAGAUUAAGUUAUCGAGUCAGUGAAUGAUUGUUAAGUGAUUAGGCUUUCCGGUUCUACUACAAAUAUGUAUCCUUUUAUAUAGAUUUAUUAUCAAUGAAGAAGAUAAAAAACCAAUUUAGUAUUUUUGUUAAUUUUCGUAGUUUAGAACGAUGCCAAAUUGCCAAUGCAUCAGAAACCAAGUAAACGAAUCAACAAGAGAUCCUUAGACGUGAUGGGUUUUCUUGAUUAUGUAUUGCUAGUACUGGAGAUUUUUAUCUCUUCUGUUGUCCAGCUUUCAUAACUACAAGCUACAUAAAAUGGGUUGAAUGAAGCUAACCAUUGAUCUGCACCUAAAGUGGGAAGAAAGGAAAAGAUGGCCGACCCCCUAUUUUAGAAAAGAAAAAUAAGUUGCAGCAUUUAGUUGAACUUGUACUUUGGUUUUCGAACGAGUGGUUUGGACUACUUGACACUUGUACUUAAAAAAAAAAAAAGUAGAUGAAGGGAAGCUCCCAUCUCCAAUCAUUUUAGCUUGGGUGAGCAUGUAGCUAGCUAGACACCAGCUUUCAAAUUUCACCUUACCCAUCGUACUAUGUAGACCAUAUACUGGCGGACUAAUAAAAGAAAACCAAACCCAAAAAUGGGAAUGGAAAUAUCUAUGCCUAGAUUCUCCCAUUUAUUGGACUGCCACCACCAGAAGAAGCCUAUCGAAUUCUAUCAUUCAGUAAGUCGAAAUGAAAACCAAGAAUAAUAAACCAAUUCAUGUGGUGAGCACAGUUAUUAAUUGGAGUUUUCUAUACAGGUUUAAACAGGUGCCGGAAGAGCUGUAGGCUGAGAUGGCUAAACUACCUCCGACCCAACAUCAAGAGAGGGAGUUUUGCUGAAGAGGAGGUUGAUCUCAUUAUCAAGCUUCACAAGCUCCUGGGUAACAGGCAAGUUAAUUAUCAUUAUUAUUAUUACUAUCAUUAUUCACAUCUUCAAAUUCAACCGCAAAUACUUUUUUCGAUAUAUGUGAUACACAAACAUACAGUAUAUGUACGGGUCAGACUCGCAUCUUACCAUGUAAGAAUUUUGUCUAACACAUCUCUAUAGGGUCAAUUAAUAAAAACAUUGCUCACUUCGUUUUAUUUUUUUUAAAAUUGCAUUAUAGUAGUCAAAUUUUUUUAAAAAAAUUUACAAACAUGUCCAAUUUGUUGGUAUGAGUAAUUUCAUAUCAACCAAAAAGUGACUCGACCCUAAUCUGAUCAUGUGGACAAACUGUGAUACAGCCCGCGAUCGUGCCAGACCGGGUCAAUGGAUAUCUAGGUUCAGGCAGCCCUAGUACGUAGUAAGAAUUGGGUGGCAGGCAUGCAGUAGUACCAAGCAAGAUCUGUUACUACUUAAUCAUUAAUAUUAUUGGCGAAUGUCUAUUAAAUUGUGGUGGUGGUGUCUGAUUAUGCAUAGCAGCAGUGGACAAACCCAACUGCUGCCUGCUCGACUUGUGGGGCUGAGAUGAUAUGAUUUUAGAUACUUUGCCCCAAAGGGAUUAGAUCCUUUCCCCUCCUUGAAAUUAGAAUAAACAAUGAAGGGGAAGGGGUGACUUUCAGAAUGCUGGAAAUGGAAAGUUUCCCCCCGCGGCCUCCACUAGGAGGAAAUACGUUAUUGUGAGGAGGAAACAAAAAGACACAGUACUAUUGCAAAAAAUUAUAUAAAAAGAUAAGGGGAGGAUGAUGAUAAUGUUGGUGAAUGGACCAGGGAUUAGUUGGUACACUACUGCCCUUUCUUAUUGUGCAUUUAUAAUAUAAAUUGUCCUACACCUUUACAGUUUACAUGCUCCUUUUACUUAUGCGUUGUGGACUUAUUCAUGAGUAAUUAUAGCUUUUCAAUACCUAGAAUUAGGGUUGUCGAUUUGGUUUGGUUAACCAAACCAUUAUAUGUGAAAAAAAUAAAAAUAAAAAACUAAAUCAGGCAAAUUCUCUAAAAUCAAAAUCAUUAAGUAUCUAAAAUCAAAACCGGUUAACCAAUAACUGAUAAGUUCCUUAUAAAUUUUGGUUUGGUUUAAACAAAUAAAAAGUACCAGAAACUGAACUCGUAAUUUCGAAAGUCCGAAAUGAAGUGAUAAAAGACAACAAGAAGAAUGAAGAUAAAAAAGAAGUUUAUUGUACAUAAAUUGGUGACAACACAAGUCGUUGAUGCAUGUUGACUUAAUUGGAGUGUUAUCAAUUUAUUGUUGAUUUCUAAUUGAUUUUUUCCAGUUUUAAGCAAACCUAAAACCAAAAUCGUUAAAUUUCAUGUCAGGUCGGUUCGUGUUAAAUCCAACAAACCAAACCCAACCAAACUUACAACCCUGUACCUAGAACAUCGUCUAAUAGUUUAAUCGAUUUAAGUAUCUUUUAUGUAUGAACGCCAACAUUGUUCAAGCGAUCUAGAGAUAAUUACUACUUUAUCUAUUUAGAAGAAGAAAAAAGAAAUACUUCAGAUUCCUAUCCGAAGGUUAAUGAUAUCCAAGAAGCAAGAAUCCUUUGUCAUGGGGCUGCCAUUUUACCAAUGAGAUAAUUAAUUAGUAAUUACUAAUAUGGUAGACGCCAUUUCCCAAGUUUAUCUUUUAUCACUGUGGUAUAGAAUCCUGACUUUAUGGAAAAAGAGAGUGCAUAAGAUCACAGACACGUCUUUCAAUUGUCUAAAAAAUUUCAAAUAUAUUAGAAUAAGUCAUAUUUCAUAGUUUGUGAGUCAUGCAACUUUCUAUGAAAUUUUUUAAAAUUAAUGAUUAAAUAUGCAACAUAUGAACAAAAUAAUUGAAAGAAUAAAAAGAGAGCGUGUCUCACAUAUGACAUAUGUCACCGAAGUUAGUCAUUAUUUUGAGGGUUUAAUUUCCAUAACUACAUUUGUUGGAAAAAUAUGCUUUCGAGUAGGGGUGGCUAUACGGUUCGGUCCGGUUAAAUUGGCCCAAAUUGAUCCGGUCCAGUCCGGUCUUUUCGAAAAUAUAAGGACCGAAGAUUGGAUUGGAUACAGUCCGGUCUUGAUCCGGUCCGGUUUUGAUCCGGUCCAGUCCCAAUUCGGUCUUGAUUUUACAUUGAGAUUGUGGGAUUUGAGUGGCCUAAAGCCUUAAAGGGUGAGGAGUUGGUUAAGUUUUGUACUAAGUGCAAAGGUUUGUGACCGUUUAUGCAAAUUACCAUUAAGUUUUGGGUGUUGAGCUCUCUUAUCUGGUUUUUUACCUCAAAUCUAAGCCCAAAGAUUGGAUUGGAUUGUUUACUAUCUGGUCCCGGUCCGGUCUCGGUCCGGGUUAUACGGUCCGGUUUCUGGUUUUUAAUCCGGUCCUGGUCCAAAUAGCCACCCCUACUUUCGAGUUCAAUUCUCAUAGUUUAAUAUUUUAAAAUAUUAUAUGGGUGCCCUUGGUAGAGUUUUAAGCUCGAAUAGAUUUCUUUUAUUAGUUUGAUAGGUAGGUAGAGAAAUUUUACAAUGCUAUAUAGUAUUAGUGCUAUAGGGUUUUGCCUUUAUGGUACAACUUAAAAUUGUACAUUUACGUGAUGGUACAACUUCAGAUUGUACCUAUACUUUUUGUACAAAUUCUUUUAUGGUACAACUUGAACUUGUAUCUUUAUGUGAUGGUACAAUUUCAAGUUGUAAAAUUGUAUCAUAACAUAAUGGUACAAAUUGCUUUAUGGUACAACCUAAACUUAUACAUUUAAUGUUAUGGUACAACUUUAAUUUGUAUAUUAAAGCACCAAUACUAUAUAGUAUAGUAGAAGUGUUCUUGAUAGGUAUUUAUAGAGACUAAGACAGUAUCAAGCACAUGAACUAGGUUCUCUCUCAUAAAACUUGAGUUAAACA